GAGACACCAAUCUUGUUUGCAGGACUCGGUACCCGACCGUGGGCGGCGAGCGCAGUCAGCUGCUAGCUGCAGCACCAAUCAACUGGAACAGAAAAUGGCGAAAAAGGGGAUACGUGGAUGGGUCCCGGUUGGCCGUUGUAUCCAGCAAUGUGUUCUUGACUCGAUCAGUUCCACUAUAACUAACGUCAGUGUUCACCAUCAUCGGACAUCCACUGCGAUCAGCUACACAUAUAUCUGUGCUAUGCGCGCUCCGGGAGGAGCGCAGCAGCCAGGCUUUUGCGAUCAAGGCUGGUCGACGUGGUUAAGUUGUUGCGAUAGCUCGGACGGCAAAGAGACGAUGCACGGCGGUGGAGUGGUCACGCUGAGCAGCGCCGGCGCCGGCGAUGGCUACAGCAGCGAGAUCACCUUCACGGUGGUGAUGAGCUGCCUCAUGGCGGCUUCCGGCGGGCUCAUCUUCGGCUACGACAUCAGCAUCACAGGUGGCUUGACGCAGAUGCAGUCGUUCCUGAAGGCCUUCUUCCCCGACAUCUUGGAGAAGAUGAACGCCGCGACGCAGGACGAGUACUGCAUCUUCGACAGCCAGCUGCUCACCACGUUUGUGUCGUCGCUGUACCUCGCCGGCAUGUUCGCGUGCCUAGUGGCCGGCCACAUCACGAAGAAGAUCGGGCGGCGGAACUCGAUGCUGAUCGGGGCGUCGCUCUUCUUCGUGGGCUCCGUCCUCAACUGCACCGCCGUGAACGUGGCCAUGCUCGUCAUCGGCCGCGUUUUCCUGGGCUUCGCCGUGGGGUUCACGAACCAGUCCGCGCCGGUGUACCUGGCGGAGAUCGCGCCGGCGCGGUGGCGCGGGGCCUUCACCAGCAUCUUCCACUUCUUCCUGAACGUGGGCAUGUUCGUGGCGGACCUGGUGAACUACCGCGCCAACACCAUCGCCGUGUGGGGCUGGCGCCUGUCCCUGGGCGUGGGCAUCGUCCCGGCCACCGUCAUCCUGGUGGGCGCGGCGUUCAUCCCGGACUCGCCCAACAGCCUGGUGCUGCGGGGGAAGACGGACGCCGCGCGCGCGUCGCUGCAGCGCAUCCGCGGGCGGUCCGCUGACGUGGGCGUGGAGCUCAGGGACAUCGUGCAGGCCGCGGAGGAGGACCGGCGGCACGAGUCCGGCGCGUUCCGGCGCAUCGUGCGCCGCGAGUACCGGCCGCACCUGGUGAUGGCCGUCGCCAUCCCGCUCUUCUUCGAGCUGACGGGCAUGAUCGUGGUGACGCUGUUCACGCCGCUGCUGUUCUACACCAUCGGGUUCACGAGCCAGAAGGCGAUCCUGGGGUCCAUCAUCACCGACGUGGUGAGCCUGGUGUCCAUCGCCGUCGCCGCGGUGGCCGUGGACCGGGUCGGGCGGCGGUCGCUGUUCAUGGUGGGCGGGGGCAUCCUGCUGGCGUGCCUGGUGGCCAUGGCGUGGAUCUUCGGCGCUGAACUGGGCACCAACGGCGAGAAGGCGAUGUCGCGGCCGUACGCCGUGGCGGUGGUGGCGGUGGUGUGCCUGUUCACGGCCGGCUUCGGCGUCUCGUGGGGCCCGCUCAAGUGGAUCAUCCCCAGCGAGAUCUACCCGCUGGAGGUGAGGUCAGCGGGGCAGGCGAUGAGCGAGGCCAUCUCGCUGGCGCUCACCUUCGCGCAGACGCAGUCCUUCCUCAACAUGCUCUGCAGCUUCAAGUACGGCAGCUUUGCGUACAACGCGGGCUGGGUGGUGGUCAUGACCGUGUUCAUCUUCUUCUUCCUGCCGGAGACCAAGGGCGUGCCCAUCGAGUCACUCCGCGAGGUGUGGGCGCGCCACUGGUACUGGAAGCGCUUCGUCAAGCCGCUGCCGACGCCGCCGCCGCCGUCGUCAGCGUCCAAAGUGGUGGAUGGGCCGGUUUGAAUUUGAGAAUAGAGCGUUAAAGUUGUUGGUCGUAUACUGGACUUGGUGGCUAGCGGUCUGUACGUGUGCUCUAGUGUCGAGUUUGAAACGGUAGAUGUCUGAUUUUGGUCAUCAAAUUCUCCCAAAGGAAAAUGUACCCACUCUCUGUAGCCUGUAGGUAGUGGUCUAGUGAAUACGGUGAUGUACUCAAGCCGUGUUUAUGCAAUACUAUCUUGGUUCCUUUUUAUUUGUCA